AUGAAUCAGUCAUCUAGCUGGGACGAGCUUGGUCUUUUUGGUAUUAACCAGAAUGGGGUUGGUCUCGAGGCCAACCUAGGAUACUAUCAAAGGGCGGACUUCGCUCUGGAUAGUAUUGGUAUUGGCCUCACUGGUCCGACGCUUAGAAAUCAGACCGUUGCUGGAAUCGCAACACCUACUCCAUUUUAUCUCGGAAUCUUCGGUUUAAAUCCACAACCUCUCAAUUUUACUUCAUUGGGGAACUUCUCUUCGCCCUCCUAUUUUACGACACUGAAGGAGGACGGAACUAUUCCGAGUCUCAGCUGGAGCUAUACGGCCGGCGCUAAGUAUCGCUUGAAGCAAGUCUACGGACAACUUAUUUUCUCUGGAUACGAUACCUCCCGCUUUACUGCAAACUCAGUAUCAUUCUCUAUGGCCGAUGAUACUACUCGUGACUUGGUUGUGUAUCUUCAGUCCAUCAGCUACAGUGGAUCAACCUCGUCCACAUUACUCACCGAGCCGAUCUUAACUUUUAUCGACUCAACUGACCCCAAUCUUUGGCUUCCAGAGAGUGUCUGUGAUGCGUUUGAAGAUGCAUUUGACCUUACGCUUGAUAGCGAAAGUGGUCUAUAUCUAGUGAAUGAUACUCACAAUACUGAGCUCCUAAACUCAAACGCACAGGUUACAUUCCGAAUUUCCGACGUGUCUUCUGGAGGAGAGGCUGUGGCUGUGACUCUACCGUAUGAUGCCUUUGCUCUUACUGCGGAAGCUCCAUUGGUGGAUAACAGCAGCUAUUACUUCCCGCUCAAACGUGCGGCGAACUCUACGCAGUAUACAUUGGGUCGAACCUUCUUGCAGGAAGCAUAUCUUUCCGCCGACUACGAAAGAGGGACCUUCAAUGUAUCUGCAUGCUCUUGGGAUGAAGAUGCAAAGGAAGACAUUGUGACCGUAACUGCCAAAGAUUCUGUUCCUUCCUCUUGCUCGGGAGAUGCAUGCCCGUCCAAGAAUGGUAAUUCUGACGAUGGUUCGUCGUUGACUAAUGGAGCCGUUGCCGGUAUUGCAAUUGCAGCCUUAGUUGGAGUCGCCCUUCUUGCAGCAGUGUUGUUUCUUUUCAUCCGCCGUCAACGCCAGAAAACAGCCAACAAGGCCAGUCUACCAGAGACAGAUCAAUCUGUACUAUCCGGUCCGGUACAUAACGCUCCGCCACCUCCUCCUACCGACCCAUCAGAUGGUUCUACUGCACAGUCACGAUUCUGGUCUCCUGAUGCCAUUCUGGGUGAUGUCAACGACAGUAGCAAUGGCCAUAGCAGCAGCAGUGGUGGAUACGGAAAUCAUGAACAAAGUGUCGACGAAAAUGGUAUGGAGUUAGAUGGCCAUGCUACCGAAAUACAGCCCGUAUAUCAUGAACUGGGCGGUAUUGAAGUAUCAAAGACAGCGAGAUAG